CACACACUUCACUUCCAUCUUUAUUCACAUGCACAUUAUGAAAUUAACACUGUUUUGUAUUUAAUUUUGUCACAUUAUUAGUACAAAAUCUCACAUUUUACAACUACACACAUUAUUUUUUUAUAUUUAUUAUAUUUAUUUUUAUAUUUUUCCCAGAUGGACCGAGCCACAGAGUUUCUGUUUGUCCCGCGACAAAAGAUCAAUUAACAUUCCCGGCGGAGCUCCCCCUGAUGUUGGGUGACUGGUGGGAAACUGGGAGACGGGGACUGGGGACCAGUCACAGUGCCCACAGCUCCAGCUGCACAUCUGGGCCCGGUGAGUGACAGAGGCCCGCAGCUCACGCAUAGAGGCGCCUCCAGGGCCUCGGGACAAGUCCGACAACAGUGUUUCAGCCCCAUUCAAAAGCUCAAAUGUGACAGCGUAGCACGCGGGCGUCCGCUCGCGCCACCAGGAACGUGGCCGCGUGUCGUUUUUCACACCCGCAUCGCGGCGCAGACCUUUGAUCGGGGUCGUUAGCGGCGGCGCCUUCGCACGUCGCCCCCAGCGGGAGCCGUCACGUUCAAAGCGCCGCGUCACAGCAACAGGUGGAGCAGAACGCGUCUGGUCGGACGUCGGUUGUUGUUCUUUUCCCAGUCUCACAUGUUUAAUCAUAAACGCAUUUUAGAUAAGAUGAUACAUGAAGCAUUUCACUGUUUAUUUUUUUAAUGAUGACAUUUUGUUUUUACAUUUUUUUUUUCAAAACCGUGUCCAAAUGUUUGCCUUCAGUCAUUGCAGAGAACACCAGCACCUCCACUUUAUACUGUUUUAUGGCUGUGGGGCGUUUGUUCCUUUAUCCUGUCUCUCCUCUUUGAAGACGUUCUGUGCAUCCCACAAUCUAAUGCAUUUGUGUGAAUCUGUCAGUCACAGAUGUGGACGUGAUAAAGCGUUAAUUACCUGUUGCUUAUCUUGGGAGACCUGUCUGCGCUGCUGCACAGUGAGUUAUUGACGUGUCCUCACAUUGUUGUGCUGGGGGUCCCACUGGUCAGAGUGUGGGAACCCCAGCCCUGCCUGAGCCACAGGCCUUUGUUAUGCUAAUGAUGCUGUAUAAAAAGAGGAGCAGCUCCUCCAGAGACAGCAGAGCUCAACACUGUCCUCCUGAAGAAGCUGCAGACUCCACCUGCACAGACAUGGCUCCUUGUUCCACCAGCUACUCGUCCGUUCAUCACAUCAGGAUCUCUGACAAAGACAUCAAACUCAGAAAGCCCGUUGUGGAGAAGAUGCGCAGGGACCGCAUCAACAGCUGCAUCGAGCAGCUGAAGAUCAUCCUGGAGAAGGAGUUCCACAAGCAGGAGCCCAACUCCAAGCUGGAGAAGGCCGACAUCCUGGAGAUGACGGUGAGCUUCCUGAGGCAGCAGCUGCAGCCGGGCCUGGGCCACGGCGACUACAGGCAGGGCUACUCCCACUGCUGGAGGGACUCGCUGCACUUCCUGUCCAGCGGCUCGGGUGCGGAGGGAGCGCGGCCGCAGGGGCCGCAGCUCCAGCGGGAGCAGAGAGGCGGCGGCGGCGGCAGCAGCAGCAGCAGCAGCAGCAGCAGGGGUCCCGCUGUGUGGAGGCCGUGGUAGAGACUCCACCACAGACACUGUGAGACCUGAGGGGGGCCGCUCCCCCUCACUACGUAGGAAGAUACUUCCAGCCUGCUCAUUCACAGUGGGCUCCUUUACCGUCUCAUCAUAUUGAUGGACAAGUAGUAAAAGUGAAAAGUCUCACUCACCUGAACGAUGUCUUGGUUUGGGUUUGACUCACUUCUGUCAUGCGUUUUCCUUUUUGUUUUAAGCUGUUUACUCCAGUGGAGUUGAAGUGUAGUCUCCUUGAUGUAACAGUAUAUAUAUAUAUAUAUAUAUAUAUAUGUAUCGUCAUACUGUGAUUUACUGACAGCUGCUGUUGAGAAUAUUUCUCCCAUGUUUGAAUUAUCUAUGCCAAUAUAUGAUGGAUGUGGAUGAGUGAAUGUGAAAUGAGGUUGCAUAUUAAUCUUGAAGCUGUUUGUUGUUUAUUGCUGUUCAGCCAUCACCAGUAAGCUCUUACAACUAAUUUCUAACAUUUCA